AUUCGCCCGUGUGUGAGAGCAACAUAUGUUUCUUGUACUCCUAUACAAAAAUGUAAACUAGCAGAUGCAGAUUAGCCCCUUCAUUUAAAAAAAAUCCAGUUUUAUAAAUUUAAAGUACUAAAAGUUGAUAUUUGAAUAACAUUUUUUCAUAUUAGAAUGAAAAAAGAAUGUGAUUUUAAUUCGUUCAGUUUUGAUCACAAAAUAACUUUCUUUAUUCAGUGAACAGUAUGGACACGAUUCUCUCUGUGGAUCUUGGAUCCGGGGCCGAUGACUUUGAAGAGGAAGCUACGCAGUACUUUCAUGAGUAUGUUCCCCCCUCUGCAACACCGUCGGUAUUAAGUCGCUCAGAGAAUGACGAUGCUGAUACAGAUGAAGUUGACGAAGAUGAUAUAAGAAACAGAGUGGGUCAAUACUGCACCGAUCGGCCUACCGCGACAGUCUCAGACCAAAGCGAGGACACCAAUGAGGAGAUGGGGUACAUAGAGCGGACGUUUGAAAGCGGAUGCGGAUGUACGGAGAAGUGUUUCCUUAAACUUGCCUCCUUCAAAGAUCAGGCAUAUUCCUUGAUUUUAAGACUUCGAGAAUAUACAAAAGGUGAAAGAGACAUAUACAUUUUGUUUAAACUUGAAGAUCAGCUAAUCACAAAGGACGUCGGAACAAGUGGAGGAAAAAGAGAACGGCAGCGAUUUCACUACUGUUUUCAGGGAGUAGAAAUCUGUGAAAGUGCAUGGAGAUCCUUGUUUGAACUGGGACGUUCAGAAUUUAAAAAUUUGAAAAGACAGUUUAAAGAAAAUGGUGUAUCCCCCCGCGUUCAUGGCUUAACAGGGAAAAAAUCAAAUCACGGUCACCAAUUUUGUGUUGUAGAAGGUGCUGUUCUGUUUAUAAAGAGAUAUGCGGAUCAAUUUGGAUUGCCAUUACCUGCUGCCCCAAGAGCCCGUGACGACACAGCUCCUGUACUGUUGCCAUGCAGUGAUAGUAAAGCGUCAAUUCAUGCGAAAUAUAAGGAGGCGUGCUUGGAAACUGGAAGUCCCUUUAUGGAGCUGACGACCUUUAAAGAGGCGUGGAACUCUUGUGUUCCUUACAUACAGUUUAUCAAACCAAAAACUGACUUGUGCAAGACAUGCCAUGACCUAAGGGAAGACAUAGCCGGUGCCUUUACAGAAGAAAUCAAAUUACAGUUAACACAGCGACUUAUGAAUCAUGUAGAACAGGCGAAACAGGAACGUAAUUUUUACAAGCUUUGUACGGAAAAAGCUAGAAGUGAGCUACAGAAUGUUGAGAGACCUCAUGGAAAAUAUCUGCAGUCAUGUUCCACGCCCUUCACUGAAGUUCAUUACACGUUUGAUUUUUCGCAGUAUAUCACUAUACCCCAUUCCUCACAGCAAGUCGGCGCUCUCUUCUUCCUUCAACCUAAAAAGGUCCAAAUUUUCGGCAUCUGUGAUGAGAACUUCCCCGUUCAGACAAACUACCUCAUCGAUGAGAGUGAAACGAUAGGGGAAAACGGAAGCAAAACACAUGGACCUAAUGCAGUUUUAAGCAUGGUACAUCAUUACUUAAAUGCCAGCAGUUAUGGAGAAAUAGCGUGCCAUUUUCAUGCAGAUAACUGUGUUGGACAGAAUAAAAACAAAACGACACUGCAUUAUCUUGCGUGGCGCUGCUGUACUGGACGACAUAAAGAAAUCCAACUUCAUUUCAUGAUUGCUGGUCACACGAAAUGCCUUUGUGAUUCCUGUUUCGGCAUGCUCAAGAAGAAAUUCCGCAGAUCGGAGGUGAAUGGCAUCGACGAACUUGAAACAGUUGUGGAAAAUUCCGCAAAAUGCAACACCGUGGCACGAUUUGGAGGAAAUGGGAAUGGGCUGCAGUGGUAUGGGUGGGAUGUUUUCUUCAACACUCACUUCAAGCCUUUAAAGGGUAUCGGAAAAUUCCAGCACUUCCGAUUUACUGCCGAUGAGCCAGGUGUAGUGUUUGCCAAACAUACGCUCGAUUCCCCUGAAGUCCGGAUCAACCUUUUUAAAGAGAGGGUAAACAUGGAUGAAGUUCUCCACGGAUUUCCAGAGGUUAUCGCUCCAGCUGGACUUUCAGCAGACAGAAAACGCUAUCUCUUCAAAGAGAUUAGACCUUACGUAAGGGCGCCGUACAAAGACUUGACGUGCCCUGCUCCUGACGAGGAAUAACCAACUCCGUGGUUAUUGUUAGAUGCAUUAACUUGUAAAUACGUUUAAAACUCACAUUUUAAACUUACUGCUAUAAGUAUAAUGGUUAUAUACGAUACUUUUUAAUUAUAUUGAAUGUUUCAUUUAUAACGUUGUGACGUCACAAAAGGCUCUCGAAACCCAUUGAA